AUGUUGCCUAGUCCGAACGGUUUGCAGCGUGUCUCGCAACGCAUUCUGCAAAAUGCAAUACGAACAAUGUAUGAUAAUCCGUAUAUAAAAACAUUUAAACCUAAAAAGCCUCCCUCACCGACUUUUCAUAAACAGACAACCGGAUUAACUGGCUUGUUCGUUGACGAAUAUGCACACCAAAAUUUGUUGAAAGAAUAUGGACGGUUAAUGAAAGUAUUGGAGCAGAUACCUUCACAUUCGGCAUACCGGAGACAUACGGAACAGCUUAUAAAAAAGAGGAUGGCUUUAGUGCAGGAAGAACCAGAUAUUCAGAAGCUAGAAGACAAAAUUGGUAUGGGACAGAUUGAAGAAGCAAAGUAUGAAAUAUUAGCAGCAAAGGAAAUCUUGAAAAGUCAAGCCUGGGAACCUUUAGUAGAGAAGGCUCCCGAAGGUCAAUGGAACUGGCCCAUCGUAUAA